CAGCUAUCUUAACAUAUGAUGUAGUAUUUUUACACCAUACUUAAGGUACUAAGGUUUAAAAACAGACAUAUCUCUGUUUGUGUAUCUUAUCAAUCUCAUGACACGGAGCUCGCUGACACAGGAUCCGUUUGCGUGCCCGGGCGCUUGCAGCACUUAGGUUCUUAGGAAAGUCCGCUUUCACUUUGUUGCACCAUCAUGUGAAACCCCACCAUGUGAUUCUUAACUCACAGGAAAUUCCUCAAUACGGUUCAUAAAUCAGCUCAAGUAGCUAUAGGCAUAUAUAAACCAUCUCCUUGCAGCACACAGUGUUUUUAGGCUUUUAUUGUAGUCAGACAUGGAUGUAGACCUGCAUGGACUGUUUAAGAAUAACAAAACCUUUGAUUAUGAUGAUGAUUACGUGUAUACUGAUGAGGACUCUCAGCCCUGCCAAUCCUGUGGCUUCGUAACGGUCUUCAUCCCACUGCUGUAUUCAGUGGGGCUGUUAUGGGGAUUGCUAGGAAAUGGGCUGGUUCUGCUGACAUUGUGGAGUAAGAGACGUAAAUUGAGUGUGAUGGACAUCUUCAUCCUCCAUUUGGGUAUAGCUGAUGUUCUCCUGAUGCUGACACUGCCCCUCUGGGCUGUAGAUGCAGUGAGAGGAUGGAUUAUGGGCACAGGGUCCUGCAAACUGGCCGGAGCUUUGUUCAAGAUAAAUUUAUACUGUUGUAUCUUCAUCCUGGCCCUCACUGGUCUUGAACGUUACCUGUCCAGUGUCCGUGGAGUGGAGAUGUUUUCUCGUAAUCAUCCCAGUGUGGUUCACCUCAGCUGCGUGAUUGUCUGGGUCGUCAGCCUGCUCCUUUCCAUUCCUGACUGGAUCUAUCUGGAAGCCAUCAUGAAUGAAACGACUCCGGAGAAAUGGCAAUGCGAUCACGUUUACCCCAAUAAUGGCAUGCGUAUUUCCAUCCGUCUUUUACUUCUUGUCGUGGGUGUUAUUUUGCCUGCACUUAUGCUGCUGUUCUGUAGCAUCUUGCCGUAUGUACAGAGCAGAACCAGUGGACCGCAGCAGAAGAAGAAGAAGGACAUAAGAACAUGUGUCUUUGUAGCGCUAGGGCUGGCGUGCCUUCUUGGCUGGACUCCAUAUAACGUUGCCUUCGUUGUAGACACUCUCUCCACAUCAACAGCUUCAAAAUGGUGUGAAGGAAAGCGAUGGACAGCUGUCGAUGCAACAGCCGUUUUGGGGCUUCUCCAUUGUGUGGCCAAACCUGUGAUUUACCUCUGCUUCUCUAAAGAGUUUCAGCGACGUGCUAUGUCUAUGGUGAAGUUAAAAUGUUUUGAUGAAGACAGCAAUGAGGUUUCGCUUUGGGACUGCGGUGAGGGAAGCGGUUGUGCUGGCGUUCAGCAAGAGGAACAGAGUUCACUUCAUCCUAUAAAUGACAUUAAUCAAACACCAAAAACCCAGGAUCAGAACGUGUGAGGAAACAUGGAUCAUGUUGAAAACUGUAUCUCAUUAAUAAUUUAUUUUAUUUACAACAUAAUUUAUUCAACUCAAAAGCUUUAGAUACAAUCACAAAGUUAUGAAAUAGCUUAUUGGUGGUUGAUGGAUGGGUUUUUAACAUUUGUUUCUGGGAUUUUUGUCUUGUUUCUGUACAGAGAUGUGUUCCUGUAACUCAACUUGAAAGUACGGUGCUAGAAAUGUCAAUGGGUUGGAUAACGGAAUAGUUAGUUGCGUAAUGCAUUAACAGUUAUGGAUGCUAAAUAGCCUUUCAUUGGAAAAUGAUAAAUAUGUCCAGUUAUUUUCUUUUUUGCACUUUAAUAUUAUUUACUUUCAUACGUUGUCAAAUGUAUUAUUUUAUGUUGGCUUGUCUUGAGUGUUGUGAAAUAGUGUUUUGAAAUCAUAGGUGUAGGGAUGAUGAUAAGUGGGAUACAUGUCAUAAACCUAAUCAACUCAUCAUGAAUAUUAAUAAGGUGAUGUAACAUUUUCCCAAAAGCUCUUGCUGAAGUGUAAGUAGUUUACUACAAGACAUUACUGUAUCAUGCUACUGGAGCUUUCAGUUCCCAGAGGCUUGGUCUUAAAGUGGUAGCCGGCUAUGUUUUUUUUUUUUUAAAGUCGCCAUGAAAGGGAAGUAGCGAUUGUCUUAUUUUCAUGUCGUGAUGUAUAUCCAAGUGAAAAUCCAGUGCUUCUGAAAUGAGAAAAAGUGUAGGGCAGGAGCUGGGUCAUGUUGCCUUCAUGCAAUUCCUCGUGACAGGAAGUAAAGAGAGAUUGUUUCAAGUAGGGGAAGAGAUUAGUGUUUUUGAGUAGAUUUAGAGAGCACAUGAAUUAAAAAAUAAUAAAUAAUGAAUAAUAAUAAUGAUAAUAAUAAUAAUGAAGCUCACAGAUAAGUCAUUUAUAAAAAUAGCAUUCUAUUCCUUGAAAAAUGGUUUUAAUUUCAGUUAUGAUGACUUGAACAGGCUAAACCCAUGUAUUCGCUAAUAAUAAUAAUCCAAUGUUCUGUGUAAUGAUCUGUAUUUACAGUCAUUAUUUAAAAAAUUAUUUAGAUGAUUCUGGUUUGUAGCUACGAAUACUGAUUGCAUUGAAAAGCUGUUUAAAGCUGCUGUAAGGAUACUAAUAUCGAUAUCAAAACAUUGAGCACAUCUGUCGAAUAAGUUUCAGAUCGACUGUGAGGUUCUUAGCAAGGCAUGAUGCGUUUUACUGGUAAAUAGACUUUGAAAGGGAAGUGAAAAGUAAUGAUAUUGUAUAAGCAUGUUGUGUUAUGUUGAUGAAAAAUGAUUGAGAAAAAUAUUUCAUUAUAAUAAUUUAUUGGCACUUAUGCUUGUUUGUUGUUAAAUAAAAUCUAAUUUCCAGUAGGUGUGGGUCAUGAGUU